AUGGCAGGUCAUACUCUACAGCGACGAUAUGUGUCUCGCCUAGUGCCGAAAAACCCCAAGAUAACAACAGUGUUACUGCUUGCGGCUGCUGUCGUGAACUCUGCGACGCUCGGUUAUGACUCCUCGAUGCUAAACGGCCUCAACAUCCUUCCGCAGUACAAGGAGUAUUUUCAUCUGAACACGGCGACCACUGGGCUCAAUACUGCUGCGUCUUGGAUUGGCAGUAUCCUAGGAUGCUUUCUGAUUCAACCAGUGCCAGACUAUUUUGGUCGCAAAACGGCGAUUUUGGUAUCAGCUAUUAUCUGCUUUGUCGGCUGCAUUAUCCAGUCUGCAGCGCAAAACAUCGUCAUGUUUGUCGUUGGCCGCAUUAUUGUUGGCCUGGGUGCCCAAAUCUCCAGCGGAGCCUGUCCGGUAUUAAUCGGCGAGAUCCUGCCUCCUUCGAAACGUGGGUUUGUGCUCGGGUUCUUCUUCUCAUGUUUCUACGUCGGCAGUCUGGUGGCGGCCGGCAUCAAUUAUCGAUUUGCAGAUAUCUCCAAUACUUGGUCCUGGCGGAUCCCUUCUAUUCUGCAGUGCGUGCCGAGUCUGCUCUCUAUUUUAAUCUUGCCAUUUAUACCCGAGUCCCCUCGCUGGUUGCUCCUUCAGGGCAAGCGGGAGGAAGCAAAAGAGAUCCUAGCAGUGGUGAAUGGAGAAGAUGAUAUCGAUAAUCCUCAGCUGACCAAUCUGUUCAACAACAUCGAUGCGGUCUUGACCCGGGAGAAAGAGAAGUUUCCCCGUAACCCCUGGAUUGAACUAGUUUCAACUAAAGCGAAUUUGAGGCGGCUAGGAAUCAUCAUUAGUUUUGGUGUUAUGAUUGAGCUCUUGGGGAAUUUUGUUAUUUCAUAUUAUCUUGGGAAUAUGCUUACUCUCGCCGGAAUCACAGACCCAACAACACAGCUGCAGAUCAACGUGAUCCUCAGCUGUUGGAGCCUUGUGGUGGCUAUUGUUGGUAGCUUUUUGCUCGACAUUUGGGGUAGACGUCCACAAACGCUCACUGCAAUUGUGUGUAUGAUUGUUUCAUUAUUCAUAUUUGGCGGUCUCACAAAGGUAUAUGGUACAGGCCAGGAUAAGAGCGGCAUCUACGGGACCAUCGCGAUGUUGUUUCUCUUUCAGGGAUUUUACUCGAUCGCUAUCACUCCAAUGACCAGCGUAUAUCCAACCGAAGUUCUACCGAUCAAAAUCCGAAACGCAGGAAUUGCUGUAUUCCGAUUUUUGGAUUCCGGAUUUGGGUUAAUGGCGUCUUUUUCGAUGAGCUUUGCAAUGGAAAAUCUUGGCUGGAAGUUCUACUUUAUCAACGCUGCUUACAAUCUCGUCUUUCUGGGUGCAGUAUACUUUCUCUGGGUGGAGACGGCCAGGGUUCCUCUGGAGGAGGUGUUAAUUCAAGAGAGAUGGAUUAUGAUAUCAACUGCAAUUGAAAGCUGGUUUGCAAUUCUAGGCACCAAUGGCUAA